AUGCUCCCUCUCUUGAUUCAAUUUAUUGCGGCUUCACAUCUCGAAGAAGCUCCGGACUACAUUACGGAUGAACUCAAUAUCACCUUGGGUACAUUUAACAUCCAAACCAGUUUUGGUCUGGCCGAUCACUAUUUGCUUCGAUUCAUCUACGGCAAUAAUGCAUAUGAAACUGGGAGCUUUGAUAUUACCAUGUCUGAACGUCCAAAAAAUGCCAGCGAUACAUCUAGUUCCGCUAGUCACCUUGUUGGGUCGACACCAAGCCCUAGUAUCCUGAUCCCACCUGCUGCAGAGUCCGCCACGGGAACGAGCUCUCUAGUACGAGGAACAAACAGCCCUUCGGGCUCGGAAGCGGCUGCAGCUACAACUGAAAUCCCAAAAAUCGGUGAAAAUAACGAAAAUGGUCUAAGCGCCGGCGCGAAAGUUGGAAUUGGGCUAGGUUGCUCUGCCGCCGCGAUUGUUGGCAUGUCGAGCUUGUUUGUCCUCUAUUGGACCAAGAAAAAGAAGAGAACAAUCCCCGAAAGACCGCCUAGUCCACCAAAUAUUGUUCCAAUAAAGAUAGAGUUAGAUGGAAACAGUGCUACCCGGAAAAUAUUUGAAAUGGACGGAAAGCAUGAGGCGCGAAGUAUCUCUGAGCUUCCAACGCAUCCCUUUCCAUCAAGUGAAUUACCGGGAUGA